CUGAGGUUACUGUGAUGUAAUGGCUACUCAAAUCUUGGUGGCCACCAGGAAGCCUCAAAGGCUUUCUAUCGUUGCCGGCUUGGUCCCUUGCGGGAGAAGGCACUUCUCGGAUUAGUUGAGCCGGAUCCUGUCCAGCCAUGGCGCGGGUCUCGAACAUGGACUCGCUCCAGCAGAACUUCUGGAAGGAGGAGUACCAGAAGGAGAUGAUCUUGCGGUUCAAGUGGCACCAGAAGUAUGGGGCCAUCGUCAAGGCCAAGCAGCUGAGCCAGCGGGAGCGGCACCAGCGGGCGGCGGACAACACCCUCCGGCUGCCCUCGGUCAAGGCUCCUCCGCCCGUGAAGCCCAAGUCUCCCCCUCCGCCGCCUUCGUCCCCGGCAGAGCCGGCCAGGGAGCGCGACUUGACCGGCCUGGACACUCUGAUCCUGGAGGCCGAGAUGAAGCCCGUGUCUCGGGAAGUGCGGGCCCUCAUCUACCAGGGCAUCUCGCACGAGGACGAGGGCCGCCACCGCUACCUGAAGACUCGGCUCCUCCUCAACCCGGAGGACAAGUACACCUUCCCGGUCACCACCAGCUUCAAUUAUGGGUGGCAGAUGGGGAAGCUGGCCACUCUCCACGUGACGCCCACGCCCAAGUGCCGCAUCGAAACCUUCUACCGCAAGAACGGGGCCUUCUCUUUGCUGCAUCCACGGGACGUGGCUCUCUGAGCCUCACCGCCCCGAUGUUCCCCCUGUCCGCAAACAAGAAACCACAAUGUGU